AUGCAAAAAACUCAACAACGAGAGCAUGAGAAACAGCCAUUCUUCAAGCCAUUGAAUGCAAAUUCAAACAACUCGAACUUCUUUACUAUGAACGUCCGGGAAUCAAGUUCCGAAUCCACCAGCAACCCUGCUUCGUUUUUCCAGUUUUCAACCCACUCUCAAAAUGUUGCUCCAUCGAAUAACUUUAAUGGGCAAAUUACAUCUCGUCCACGAGUCUUACCAAACACGGUUGCUGCAAGUCCAGCUCGUCCACAGCAACAAAUACAAAUUCAGAGUCAACAAACUACUGGGAGUGAUAAGAUUGCAAUUCUUCACAGCAGACUAAAUGUAGAGGCUGAGAAAAUCCAAAAAUGGAAAACGACAACAGAGAUAGAAAUAAGACAAAAGGACAAGAAGAUCAUUGAUGGCCAACAAACCAUUGAGUCUCAAAGGAAAUCUAUACUAGAAUUACAGCUGCAGAGUGAAAAUCUAAGUGCAAAACUUCAGGAGGAGAUGGACAACAGAGUUGAAAUCAUACAAAAGAUCGAUGCUACUAGAGAAAUGUGUAAUCUUCUGAAAGACCAUACAUCAAAGGUGCAAGAGAAAUUAUCAGUAUGUAAGAAAUCUAAAGAUGAUUUGGAAAUACAAAACAAAGAAAAUAUGGAACACUUCCAGGAAUUAUCAGAACAAUUCAAGACUUUAACAUUGAACCACAAUAAUAUGGUAAAUGACCUUUCUACAAAAAUAAGUGAUGUACAAGAGGAAAAUAGCAAAAUAAAAGAAGAGGCCCAUCUUCAGGAGAUUCAGAUGAAAGAGAAGUAUGAACUUCUGAAAGCGGAGUUAAUCAACAAAGACCAGAAAAUCAGUGAAAUAAAUGAGCAACUGGAGUUAAAAAAAGAACAAAUCAGUAAACUGCAAGAUACAUCAGCAUCAUUAGAACAGAAACUGGCUGAUUCUGAAAGUUUAACUGAUAUGCAAAAGAAUGAACUAAUAGAAGCACACAACCAAAUAGAAGAAAGAAAAGAAGAUAUAACCAAGUUGCAAGAUGUAAAGCUUGGAUUAGAAGAUACUGUAAAUGAACUUAGAGACAAUAUAAUGGAACUGGCUUCUGCAAGAGAUAAAUUGUGUGAAAGUAUGAAAGAAUUCAACAAGACAUCUUCAGAAAAACAGUGUGAACUUUCUCAAGUGCAAGAAGAAUUGAACAAAGCUAAAGAAUACUACGAAAAAGAAAAAAAGCAUGAUACAGUUUUCAUUGCCCAACUUGAAGCCCAGCAGCAUCAACUUCAGGGAGAAAUCAGCGGACUGAGAGAUGAGCUAAAAGAAGCUCUUGAACGUGAAAAGAAUUCUUAUGACAAGCUGGAUAAAGUUAGACAGCAACUUGAUUCAACAAGCUCUGAGCACAAUAGUGUUGUGCAAGAUCUGCAAAAAGUGACAGAAGAGAAAAUAAUACUGGAAAAUAAACUUGAAGAAUCUGCUGAAGAGAUUGAUCAACUCAAGAAAGACGUUAAAGAAAGUCAUAGUACAAUUGAAGAUUUAGAACAAACUCUUAAAUCUGAUGACAAAGAAAAGAAAAACCUGAAAGAUGAACUUGCUGAUCUUCGAACAAACCUAACCAAUAAAGAUGUAGAAGCUAAAACAAAACUAGUGCAAGAACAGAAAACAAUCAAAGAUCUUGAUCAUGAAAUAUCAACAUUAACUAGACAGACUACAACUUUAGAAAACAAAAAUAAGAAUCUUCAGGAGCAGAUCACCAAUAAAAAUAAGCAAAACAAGGAGUUGAACCAGGAAUUGAAGAGCUUCAAGUCACAAUUGAAAUCAAAAGCCAAAGAAUUGGACAAACUGUCUGACACGGUUGAUAAACUUCAAACUGAACUACUGAAACAAGAAGAAAUGGCUGAAGAAUUAUCUAAGCUUAAAGGUGACUUGACUGAGAAAGAAGAUGCAGUAGCAGCUUUGGAAAAUGAAGUGAAAGCAAAGCAGCUAGAAAAACUUGCAUUAGAAAAAGAGACAAAAGAGCUCCGUAAACAAACUGAGACAGCUGUUAAAGAACAUACAGAAGCAAAACAGUCAUUUGAACAUAAAAUUGAGGAAGUUAGUGAUACUCUUCAUAAAUACAAGAAUGAAAAUGAGAAGAUAGUUAUGAUUAAAGAUAAAGAAAUUGAAGAGUUAACACAACGAAUAGAAGAACAGGCAGGCUCAAAAAAUCUUAUGAAAGAAAAGGAACAGUGUAUAUCCAAACUCAAAAAGAAAAUUGAAAUGUUGGAGAAUGAAGAGGAUGCAAGGAUGAAAGAAGUGGAUAAAAUUAGAAAAGAAAAUGAAACCCAGAAGAAUAAACUAGAUAAGCUGGAAAAAGAAAAUGAAAACAAGAUUGACGAACUUGAGAGGUUGGGGAACGAGCUUGAUGAGUUCAAAAAGAAAUUAGAAGAUGCAGAAAAGGAAAAGUUAAUGGCAAAAUGUACAUCAGCACCUGGAAAACCAGUACCAGCUACUCCAUUGUCAGCUAAGCAGUCGUCCUCUGUUAUGAGAACACCAAAGUCCACUCAAGCAUUGCAUUCAAAUACUCCCACAACACUGCUCAAGGUGAGACCGUGUGUGAAACCCUCCACACCUCUUGGUAGAACUCCACCUCAUAAGACUCCACAAAGUAUUUUGAAACCUGUUGGCAGCAUCAACAAGAAAAGACGUGUGAUGUUUGCAUCCGAUAAUGGAGACUAUGAUGAUGAUUCAGAUUCAUCUACUUCACAGUUAAUGGAAUUGGAUCAUGAUCAAAUUGAUAUAGAUCAUAUGGUGCCCAGUCAGACCACAUCAGUUCAUUUGAGUGGUUCUGGUAGAAAGUCUAUGGCUAUGGUACUACCUGCAGCUAGGGAAGAUGCAAUGAAACCUGUACCAAGAGGCAAACCAGUCAGUAGAACAAAAAAGAUGAAGCCAAAAGAAACAGAUAGUGAUUUUGUAGACUCUGAAUUAAGUAAAUUCAAGAAACUAUUUCCUGGUGAUGAUGAUGACACAACCAUGUAUGGUGACAGUGUUACACAAGAAACAAAAGGGAAGAAAACUAAAAAGAAUGUGAAGAAAACUCCUAAGAAAGUGUGUAAAGUGAAAGGAUUUGGUGAUUCGCCUAAAACUCCUAAAAAGAAAAAGAAAAAUGAAGACGAUGAGAAUUUGAGUUGGUUUGACACAGAUGCAGUUUAUGGAUUUUUUGAUGAGGACUGA